AUGUCUUUGUACGAGUUGAAAAAAGGACUGCAACCAAUGAUGGAGUGUAUGAAAGAAGAAAGUCUCUUUCGAAUUAAGAGGGCUCUUAAUUUCGAUACCCUUACUUUGUAUGAUGGUGUGAAACUGGUCAAGAAUAGCAACAAUUCUAGAAAUUCAUCUGAUGUCUAUGAAGAACGAAAAUCCAGGAACAAAGGUUGGAUUGCUAGAGUUUUGGAUGAUGUUUCUGAUUCCUUGGAAGAUCAUGUAUUGCAAGUUGAUCUUAAGAACUUAGUUGAAACAGCCAGAGGUCGUCAUAGUCAUACCAAGGCCAACAAGAUGAUGCCAAUAAUGAUGUUCGGCAUAACCCUGAUGGGGAUGGUCCUGGUGCCCAUGGGUUUCCAAUUCCUGGCAGUUCUAGGAGGAAAGGCGUUGCUCCUGUCGAAGAUGGCACUGUUGCUGUCGUCUUUGCAGGGAUUGAAGAAGGUAGCAUCGACGAGCUACGCCCAUGGCCUUUAUGGUAGUUCACCGCCAUAUUACGAUUGGGGACCCUACGAAAGGACCUCAGACUACUACCAUCAGGCAAUUCACGAUGCCCAAAAACGAUAUUAG